AUGGCUAUCCAAAUUCCCAUUGACGCGAUCACCUCGCGGUUCGGCGAUCGCUUCAACAGCAUCCGCAGCCAGUCCCUGAGCAGUCGCUUCGCCAACUUACGCCCCAUCUCCGAAUUCCUCGACCUCAAGCGGAUAUCCAAGCCUGCCAACUUCGGUGAGGUCCAGAGUCGUGUCAACUACAACCUAGGCUACUUCUCCAGCAACUAUGUUGCCGUCUUCGCCAUGCUCAGCAUCUACAGUUUGCUGACGAACCCGAUUCUGCUGUUUGUCAUCAUCCUGGUCACUGGUGGCCUGUACGGUAUCUCCAAGCUGGAAGGUCGGGACCUUGACAUUGGAUUCCGUCGCUUCAACACAUCCCAGCUCUACACCGGCCUGCUGAUCGUGGCUGUUCCUCUGGGUCUCUGGGCCUCGCCUAUCGCGACCGCGCUCUGGCUGAUCGGAGCCACUGGCGUGACCGUUUUCGGCCACGCUGCUUUCAUGGAUAAACCAAUCGAAAAUGCUUUUUCCGAGGAGGCGGUCUAG